UCAGAUCGGAAGCAACACUAUCCGGUGCAUUGGGCGAGUGUGUGUCACACUUUCAGCUGGUGAGUGUUAUGUUGCUCUCAGCACACCGUUAACCUGCGGAUACACAUGAAACAUACGGAUUAUCGGACAGACACGCACGCAAGGGCUCGUUUGCUGUCGUUUCAGACGCUGAUCUGAUUAUUUCUGAGCUUUUUUAGCGUUUAGUGAAGGAAAUUUGUGGAUAAGAUGGCGGAUGUGGCUCCAGCCGGCGUGGAGAAGAGUCUGGAUGACUUCUUCGCAAAGCGCGACAAGAAGAAAAAGAAGGAGAAGGGCAAGGGAAAGGAGCAGGCGACAGGAGGUGCUGUAAUGUUGGUGAAAAAGACCAAAAAGGAAAAGGAGAAGUCGACGAAGAGUGAGAAUCAGGACGCGCAGAUGGAGAAGGAGGAUGAGGAAUGGAAGGACUUUGAGCAGAAGGAGGUGGACUACACUGGACUCAGACUCCAGGCCAUGCAGAUGAGUGAUGAGAAGGAGGAUGAAGAGUAUGAGAAGGAGGAAGUGGGCGAGGAUGGUGAGAUCAUCCUGGUCAGUGGUGAUAAAGUCUCUGGACCCUGGAAUAAAUCAGGCGCCCCCCCUUCAGCUGCUCCGGUAGAGGAAGUUGAGGUUCCUGAGCCCAAAGCACCUGGCGUGUAUCGUCCCCCAGGGGCCCGGUUAACCUCUACUAAAAGAGCUCCAACUCAAGGGCCUCCAGAGAUCUUCAGCGACACCCAGUUCCCCUCUCUCCUCUCCACAGCCAGACACGUGGAGACUCGCAAGGACAGAGAGAUGGAGAAGACUUUUGAGGUGGUCAAGCACAAGAGCCGUGUCAAAGAAGGGGAAGGCCCGGGAUCCAUGCAGCAUUUACAGUUAGAUAAUCAGUACGCCAUCCUGGGGGACAAAUAAAAGCCAUCUCCCCCUCCCCCCAAGCCUACCGCCAAUGGUACUGUAAGACUCGCAGGGGGAACAUGACCUGCAGCUGUCUGAUGCAGUCCUGACCGAGCUGGAGACGCCUGUGCCCAUCCAUACACACUCACACACAAUGACAUACAAACACACACAUCCCAAAAAUCCUUGUCAAGCAACAUCCACAAAUGAACGCAUUUUGACACAUUUAGCCAUUGAAAUCCUCUCACACACACACGGCUGAUAAAGGCACUCCCUUAUCAACUGCAUUCAGACGGGCUGCAGCAACAGGAACUGACUGAAUUUCAAAUUCUGCUUUAUAUGACACCAAGUUCACCAAGACGAAUGAUACUGCAUCAAACGAACAAGGCACCAAAUGUUUAUUUCGGUGGAUUUCCUCAUGGGGUUGGUUGGCCGGCAGAGCCACUGGACAUCGGCUAACCCUGAGAAAAUGAGAAAAGCCACUUUGAGGAUGGAGUUCAAAACAUUGCGUGAGAAUUAAAAAACAAAAAAACAAAAAAAAAAACGCUGAGGGUUUUUUUUUGUUUUUCGCUACAUCAGUAUAGCUCCCGAACCUUUGGAUUUUUUUUUUUUUUUUUUCUUUUUUUUUCCCUUGCAUUGUGAUGAUAAAGCUGGGAGUUUUCGGUUUGGGCACUAGAGAGGGGAGACUACCUCAGUUACAUAUCUGUGGUUACCAUGUCGACCAGGUCCUGGGCUCAGAUUGGCUGCAGUCCAGCCAAAGAGGAGCGAUUCAACGUUUCAACCUUAAACUUGAAAAUAUUUUUUCCCUCCCCUUUUUUGCGAGAUCUGUUGACAGAGGCGUCAAGUCUUCAAAUUUAUUUUUUAAAGUGGCCUUACUGUGGAAAAAUAAAGAUAUGAAAGUGAUGGGGGAGAAAUAUCUAUAUAAAUAUAUUUAGAGAAUGUGUUAAAAAAAUUAUCAUUCUGGAAGGCACUUCCUGGUCGUGUUGCAGUUAAAUGCCUGCUUGAUUUGAUUCUUACCACUCUGAGGAGUAAAAAAAAAAAAGCCACCGUAACCCUCUGUGAGAAUGUAGUUAUGCGCUAGUUUGUCGACAUAUUGCAAAUAAUGGAUGUUCUCUAACAAUGUCCCUUUAACCUUUCCAUCCCUGUUCCUCUCCUCAUUUUAUUUGAUUCCAUGAUGAUUGACAAACCAUUAUUAAAGCUUAACCUUUCUAAUCUCACAUAAUGUUUCUGGUUUGAUGUGUAUUUUUGUGAUUUUUCUUGCUGUGGCCUGUAGAGUGCGCUGCAGUCAUUGCUACUAAAUACUCGGCAGUGUCAAAUGCGUUCCAGUUUAUGUGUGGAGCUGUUUUGCAAUGCUAAACUGUAAAUGUAUGCAUAUAAGUAUCAGAAUCAGGCUAUUCUGUAUAUGCAUUAAAACCCCUCAGACUCA